UUCUGUCAGCCGGUGCCCCCGCCGGGUGACAUGAGGGCGCUGCCCCCUCGCUGGGGGCCUCUGGCUGUGAGGGCGGCGGGCGGGUGGUGGGGUCCGCCUGUUCUCCGCCGCGACUGCAGCGGCUCCGCUGAGGCCGGCGAACGUAAACCUCUUCAGGAGUGGGCGUUUACGGUUAGCCCGCGGGGACGGCUGCAGGUAAGGCUGCCGUGCCAGGUGAGCAUCCGCCCGCUGGACCCGCAGCGCUACCCAGGCGCAGACCGCGUACUGGUCGCCGUCAGUGGCGCCGGCGGCAGUCCCCCGCCCCGCGGCCGGCAGCAGGACCGCGUCCGGGUGGAGUACGACGAGGCACUGGAGCAGGUGGCGAUCGUUGCGGACGGCGUGGACAGCAAGACUGCCGUGGAUGUCAGGACGCCUGUGAAGUUCGAUUUGGAUAUCAAAACAUCAGGGACUGGCUGCGUGAAGGUACAGAAAAUAGAAUGUGAUAACUGCAAAAUAGAAACGGAGAAGGGGACUAGUGUCUUGCAGUCAAUAAAGAGCCAUAAAAUUGAUAUAAGAACAGAUGGUGGCAAAGUAAUUGGUCUUGGAACACUUUAUGGAAAUACAGAUAUUUGUGCAACAGAGAAGGGUAGUGUGAAUAUAGAGAAGCUGCAGGGGACAUCUAUCAACAUAUCUACUGAAUAUGGGCUGCUGAAAACUAAGUACCUCUACGCAGAGUCAUCAUCUCUGUCUUCAGUAGCUGGUGAUAUUCUACUGGGAAGCAUUCAUGGUAACACCAGUCUUCAGACCAAAACAGGGAGUAUAACAGUAGAUUCAUCAGAUGGAAAUCUCAAAGCUUCUACACAGCAUGGGACAAUAGAUGUUUAUGUCAGUCAGUUAAGAGAAGUGGAUCUGAAAUCCCAGACAGGUUCAAUUACAGUCAAGGUGCCUGCAUCUCUUAAAGCCUAUUUACAGUUGUCUGGUAGGAAAGUGGAUGUGAGCUCAGAGAUCCAGUUAGAAGAAACACAGAGUGCCUUUAAAGAGGACCAUGUAAUUCUAAGUGGUCACAUGAACCAAAGGAAUGAAACAGACAAAUGGAUUAAGGCUGACACACAAAAUGGCAAAGUGUAUCUUAAAAGCCAAAGCUGGAUCCAGUCUGUCAAGCUGAAGAAUUCUUAAAGGUGAAAUAGGCCCAAGAGAUUCAAGCAGGAAAUUGUAAAGGACUGUUUCUGUAACACUAUGACCCUUGGCUCAUGUACUUGCUUAAUAGAAAGGAGAAAAGAUUCAUGAGGGUGUCUGAAGCCCCUGACAGUGGCUGGUGCUUACUAGGUCUGUUUUAAUUUUAGUGCCUUUUAGGAACAGCAAGAUCUUAAAUAUGCAGAAUUUGUGUGACCUGACCCACUGACCACAGCAGUUUAAGAGCUGGAAACUCAGACCUUUAAAAAUAAAAAGCAUUUUCAAUGUGUCCUAUUUGCAACAUGAACAUUCACUUCCAAGAUGACUGUUCUGCAAGCCAUUUUGUACCUUUGAAUUAAAUGUCUCACUACUGUGGGAAUUCUGCUGGUUCAUGCAAAGUGCAGAGGAUUUUCUUAAUCCAGAUGACUUGUAUCAUGGAUAGGAUAAAAUCACUUUCAGGACUGUAGUUCUUUGGUCUUAGGUGUCUGAUCCCUAAGCAGUUUCUGCCAUGGGUACUGUAUGUGUAAAGCUAUUUACAUGAAAUGACUGAACUUGCUCUAUGUCAUCCACAACCACUUGUUUGUGGAUGGAAAUAAGAAGUUUAGCUGUUUACCAAUGUUUGUUCCCCUGAAAGAAAGCUGCCAAAGAAUGGAAGCAGUGGCCUAAUAAAUGUGAAUUGUAAUCUGUUUGAUUGUUCCCAUUUCCAGGGGCUUGCUGUCAGCCUUGUAUGGCAGCACUGCAAGCUCUUCAAGGCAGGAAGGUAGAAGAGGUGAGGGAAGCAGAUAUGCCCUGCACGAGGGCACACAGGACUCUUGUGGAGGAAUUUGUGUUACCAUAAUACACAGUAAAUGGACUUUUUAAAAGCCAUUCCAUACUUCUCUGUGGUACCUUAUGAAAGAAGCAGUGACAUUCGUGUUCUAAAGCUGAGAUGCAGGAAUUCCUGGCAGC